CCCCAUGGGGGACUCUGAGGGGUUUUGCAGUGGGCGUCACACGAGGGAGCCGCUAGCCGUUGUGGCGUCAGCACAAUGUUCCACACGUAUUUGAAGAGAUGGCUCUCCGUGGCCCUCCGUCGACUGUUGUGAGCGUCGCGUUCCGCCUUGCUCGUUCGUCUUCACGCACCGCGGCACGGCCGCCAUCUCCGCCAACUUGCUCGUGGGCAGUGUCCAUUGCUGGGGGCGUCCGGUGGAGUGUUGGGCGAGUUCACUCCGCGAGGAUGACUGCGAUGUCUGAGGUGGUCCAUGUGCGUGGAGUGGGUGAUGGGGAUGACGUCGGGGCCGGGUUGUCCGCUGUGGAGAGGGUUGCCGUGACGUCUGCCGUAGCCGCCGUCAUCAUGCAUUGCGACAUGGAGGUCGAAGGUCAACGGCGAUGGGCACGACUACGUGCUCGGAGAAGGAAGUUGAUGCCGGCCGCGACGACUGAAGCGUUGGAUAGCGCUGCCAUCUGUGAUGCCGUGUUGGAGGUGUGCUGUGCACUAGGGUGUGGGGGACUACCGAGGGCGACGCCGAGGUGGUGGGUGAAAAGGAGAACGGGGGGGACUUGGGAGGAUCUCCGGCCUGCGGACGACGCCACUAUCGAUUACUUCCGCGACAAGUUACGGAUGUCUCCACGUGUCUUCCGCGAGAUCGUUGAGAACUUGUCGCCGAUUCUCCAGCGACGUGUGACAUUCUAUAGGGAACCGUUGCAACCAGACCAGAUCGUCGCCUACGCGCUGUACAGGGAGAAGGUAGCGUGGCCGACCGGUGUGCGGAAGGCGAUCGUUCUGCGUGCUUUUGCAGACAAGGGUUUCCCGAACUGCCAUGGGUGCAUCGACUGCACCCAUAUCUACGUGGACAAGCCGGCAAAUGCACCUUCAGAAGACUACUACGACCGCAAGAGACGCUUCUCUGUCAUUGCUCAAGUGGUGGUCGACUUGGACUUGGGCAUCCUGGACGUGUUUGUGGGAUAUCCGGGGAGCUGCCACGACGUCCGGAUCAUCCAUCUCUCCACUCUAUGGUCGCGGGCGGCGGCGGGAGAGUUGUUUACAGGGCCUCCUGUGCUGCUACCGUUCCAAGUGCAGACGAAUGGUUAUCUGCUGGCCGACAAUGGUUACCCGUCGAGCGAAUGGAUGGUUGUCCCGUUUGGCGGCGUGGCGCAGCAUCCCCUGGAGAGUCGUUUCGACAGCAAGCAGAAGACCGCGAGGGGGGCAGUGGAGAGAGCGUUCGGGAGACUGAAAGCAAUGUGGCGCUUGUUCCUAGGCUCGCACAAGACCAACAUGGAGACCUUGCCCCAACAGUUCUUGGCCGUCUGCAUCUUGCACAACAUCCUGAUGGACGCCGGCAUCCCUUUCGACGAGAACUUGUUGUGGGAGGUUGACGCCAAUGGAGUUCGCCGUCGGGUGGAUCUCGGGAUCCAUCGCCCCACCCAGGCCGUUGUGCAUGGAAACUUCUACGGGGGAGGCGAUCAUGCUACGGCAGGCGCUGGCGGAGCGAAUGAUGCGGCGAUGACGGCAGAGGGACCUCGCGAGGCGGCGGGAGCUGCGGGCCGCGUUGAUGGAGGAACGUUUGACGGCGGCGGUGGGAGGAAGCAAUGUGCGGAGAGACGACGGGCGCAGUACAUGUGCCAUGCCGUCCAAUUUUCGGUCAGCAGUGGGGGACGCAGAGCGGAGAGCGACAGUCAUGCCUCGUAGUCCCCGCGCCAUAUGCCGUCCGUUUUUUAGUUUGUCGGAAGUUUUUCCUUUUCGUAUUUCGAUCCGCGGCUUCGGGCUGGUGCGUUGAUAGUGGGGCGUUCCCUGUUAGUGUGGGCGAGUCGUUGGGCGGCGGAAGCGGCGGCGGUGGCCGGUUGGUGUGAUUAGUUGAUGGCAUUGAGAUGGAGUUGCUGUCUGUCGCGAGCGGCAGUCGUGUGCAUCUCUUGGGGCUCGUUCGGGACGUUCUACGGAGAGCAAUCAUGUCGGCGGUGUGUUUUUAUAAUUCGCAAGAGUUUGGUGAUUGUUGGGUUGUGAUCGGAAAGUGUUAUUGGUUGUUGGCGACUGUUUUCCUUCCUCUUCUACGCACUCCCUGCUGCAUGGAUGGCAUGCUGACGUGUGAAAAAAGAAGUCUGCGAGCGCAAUCAAAUGGUGUUUACAUG